UCUCUCGCAGCCAGCAAAGUCGCCAAAAACGCCCAGAGCUUUUUUUUCCCAGCAGGACACACUUUUGCCUUGGCCAGAAGCGAGCCAGACCGGAUCGCUUUCGCUUGGUCCCUUUGGCCUGGGCCUUCCCUCCCUCCCACCACCACCACCGCCGCGCCCAAACCCAAACCAAACCCAGCCCCCUCCCUCCCUCCCAACCUUGUUGGCGGCGCCCACGCUACAGGGGUCUCUAUCACAAUUCCACCGCCGCAUGCCGCAUCACCCACAUUCCCUUCCUCGUCGGCUUGCCCCACACGUGCGAGAGAGAUUUAUUUCGCCUCGGAGACGGGCCCCACGUACCCGCCGGCCACGCCACCCCGCGAAGCAGCCGCCGCGUACAUUCCUCGCCGGCGACCACCGCACCGUCGUCGAGCCCGUCUCCAGGGUCUCAGCGAGAUGAGGGCGUCAUCUUCGCCCGCUACGCCGGCGGCUCGUGCGACCGCAGCGUGGGCCGUCGUACUGCUCGCCGCGCUCUGCUCCGUCUCCCUGGCGUCCGCGUCCGUCGACUCCGUCUCCCUCGCGCCCGCCUCCGUCUCUCUCGCGCCCGCCUCCGUCGACGCAGGAUUCUCGCCGACGCCCGCCGCUCCCGCCCCUACCCCCGGCUCCUCGGCGGCUCCUCCGCGCCCGCCAUAUCGCGCCGUCCUUCCCCGCAAGGUCCUCCGCCCGGCAGGCACGGACGUGGACCUCGGCGGAGUCCGGCCCCACCGCGUGGACGAGGGUUGCACCGGCAAGGAGGACAUCGCCAUCUACCAGGGCCGGGGGACAAAGCUGCCGAGCGGGGUGCCGGCGUACACGGUGGACGUGAUGAACCGGUGCUCGGGCGGCAACGGCGACUGCGCGAUCGCUGGCAUCCAUGUGCGGUGCGGCUGGUUCAGCUCCGUCAGCCUGGUGGACCCGCGCAAGUUCCGGCGGCUCGCGCGCGACGACUGCCUCCUCAACGACGGCCAGCCACUCCUCGCCGGCGAGACCAUCUCGUUCGAGUACUCCAACUCGUUCCCCUACCAGCUUUCCGUCGCCGUCGCCACCUGCGUCGACCCGGCCGCGGCCACCUCCCCGUAGCACUACCCUCUACACACCGUACGGCGCUAGAGGUAGCACGUACGUGCGUGCGUAGCCUAAAUACGUAUAAACUCAGAUAUGUUACGUACUCGUCCUAGCUAGACAGUGGUAGGGCAAUACGGCGAUCGGUAUAGGUGUAAGUAACUGGCUGGCUUCUCUUCCCUAGCUGCUAGGCAAAUUUUGGUACGCGAAAAAGACCAACCGUGACACCUCGACGUGAUCCGGAGCUGUCUUUGUGGGGCAAGGAAGGGGGAAAUUCUACCGUGUUUUUGGCAAGUCAAGUAAAUGCGACAAGUCCUUUUCGUGUGCAUUGUCUACUUUCUCCUUUUGGGUGAGUUUUCCCGGCCCUGUGUGCAAGUGUUCUUUCUCAUGUGGGAUGGACUGCCUUCUUGCCUAGGCACAAGGGCG